AUGUUCCAAGGAAGAAGGCGGAAGCAAGGCCUCUCAGAAGAACGCAGCCAACGACCAGAUACUGAAUCAGAGCGAAAGCCAGACCAAACUCAAGCACCAUCCCAAGCUGAUCAAGGCGGCAAGAAGAAGAAGCGGAAAAAACAGACAGAUAGCAGCAAUCCAUCGAAUCCUGGAGAAACACCGGUUGCAAAAGAUGCCGUUCCAGAAACAAUACCCACGGCGGACGUGGACAUGGUUGAUGCGGUCAAGGCGAAUGGCGAAUCCGUUCAAAACAACGUCCCGGCCUCAACAGCUCCUAAUGGCGACUCCUCUUCCACCUCGAAACCGACGAAUUCCGCGUCAGAUGACAAGAUUACUGAACCAUGUGCAUCAAUCUCGACCAAAGAUGUUGAAAACACCAAAAAAACAAAGAAGAAUAAGAAAGAGAAGAAAGACAAAAAACCUUCCGAUCAAUCUUUGCCAGUUGUCCAAACAACACACCCAAAUCCAGCUUCAAAAUCUAUUGACCCGGCAGAAAUCGAGCAAUUUAUUUCUUCGAAUAAGCUCACGUAUGAGCCCCCCGAGAUUGUCACCGAACUUCCGCCGGUGCUGAAGUUUGAAGAUGUUGUGGUACACGAUUCAUUACGAAAGGCCUUCUCCUCAUUCCAGAAACCCAGCCCUAUCCAAUCUGCAGUAUGGCCUGUGCUGAUGGCCGGACGGGAUGUGGUGGGGAUCGCCGAGACGGGGUCUGGGAAGACUCUCGCCUUCGGUGUGCCAGCGCUCCAGCACAUCUUGAAUGGCGACAAAAAGAGCAAGGCCAUCAACGUGCUCGUCAUCGCCCCGACCCGGGAACUGGCCAUGCAGACCGAAACAACGCUUUCUGACCUCGGAAAGCUCGUCUCUCCCCCCAUCAAAAGUCUGUGUGUCUACGGCGGAGUGGAUAAAAAUAUCCAACGAAAAGCGCUCGCCGGUUCCGCCGUCCGAGUCGUCGCUGGUACGCCCGGUCGGCUGCUCGAUCUGGCAAAUGAGGGCCAUCUGAAACUCGAUCAAGUCAGCUGGCUCAUAUUAGACGAGGCAGAUAGAAUGCUCGACAAGGGGUUUGAAAACGAUAUCCGAGCGAUCAUCAACCUCUGCCGUCCCUCUCGCUCGGGAGAUUCAGAUGGUCGAUUGACGACGAUGUUUUCCGCUACUUGGCCCACAAGUGUCCGGAGGUUGGCGGCAGACUUCAUGCACGAGCCUGUGCGAAUACUCGUUGGCGCAGACGAGCUGACCGCCUCAUGUAGUGUCGAGCAGACCGUCGAAGUCUUGGAAGAAACGCGGGGGAAAGAGUGGAAGCUUCUGAGCACACUCCAGCAAUUGGGCAAAGACAGUCUGUAUAAUAAGUCAAAAGAUAAGGUUAUCGUCUUUGCACUGUAUAAGAAGGAGGCAUCAAGACUCCAUGAGUUCCUUCUUCGGAAAGGCUAUCAAGCUUGUUGCAUCGAGGGCAACAUGUCUCAAGAUAAACGCACGAAAUCGUUGGACGAUUUCAUGACUGGCAAAUCAACAAUUCUUGUCGCUACAGAUGUUGCGGCGCGAGGCUUAGACAUUCCCAAGGUGGAGUUCGUCAUCAAUGUGACUUUCCCGCUGACGAUUGAAGAUUACAUUCACCGGAUCGGUCGAACUGGUCGGGCUGGACGAACAGGGAAGAGCAUCACAUUUUUCACAGAUGAAGACAAGUCGCAUGCCGGCGAGUUGAUGAGAGUUCUGAAGGACGCUGGCCAAGUCGUACCUGAAGCCCUCAAGCAAUGGGGCGGACAGAUCAAGAAGAAAACACACGCUGCUUACGGCGAUCAUUGGAAAGAAGUGGACACGACUAUCAAAGCCAAGAAGAUCACGUUUGAUUAA